CGGGCGCUCCGGGGCAGAGCGGGCCGGGCGGGUGCGGCAGCGGCCUCGGGCUCGGCGCUGGCCCAGCUGAGCUCUGAGGGAGGGUCGGGAGCGCAGGUCCUGCGAGGAGCGGCUGGGGGUGUUUAGCCUGGAGGAAAGGAGACUUGGGGGCGGCUUAUCGCCUCUAGGAGUGCCUGGGAGGAGGCUGGGGCCGGGCUGAGGUCGGGCUGUUCUCCCGGGCAACCAGGAGACAGCCCUGAGCUGCGGCACGGGAGGUCUGGGCUGGCGGAACGCUGGAAUGGAAUGCCCUGGCAGGUGGUGCAGUCACUGUCCCUGGAGUGAGGUGCUUUAGGAAAGACUGGAUGUGGCACUGGUGCCGUGGUCUGGUUGACAAGUUACUAGUGGAAGAGGAGGAGGAGGAGGAUGGGGUUCCUCUAACCAGAGAUACAGUAAUGUUAUCCAGCCAUCUUCCUUCAAGUCUGAUUCGUGGGGUGGCAGCAGAGAUCACGGAAGAGGAUUCUUUGGCUCCUCUGACUUUGGAUCGUCAGGCGGCAGCAGCAGAAAUGCAGACUUUUCACAGAACAGGUUCUCUGCCUUAGCCCACGGUCAAAGUGUUGCUGAUGGCUCUAAAGAUGAAGAGGAGAGAAUUCUUGAAUGUGUAGUGAAAGACAUGGAAAUUUGGGAGUCUUCUGGACAAUGGAUAUUUUCAUGUUACUCACCAAUGAAAGAAAAGCCGAAUGUCUCAGGCUUUUCAGAUGUCUCGCCAGAAGAGCUGCGUCUGGAGUACUACGACAGCAGAGCAAACAAUAUCGUUGGAAAUUAUAUCAAUGCUGUCCAAAACUUAGCAGUACAAUGGAAAAAUCGGCUACUUCAGUUAAAAGCUUUAAAUGCAUCAACAAAAGCAGCUUUGCUCUCUGCUUUCAAGGCCACAGGCUCUCAACCAGCACCUGCCUUUGGAAUGGGAGGACAGCAAACCUCAGGCUUUGGGCUGUCAAGCUUUCCAGUGAGCAGCAGCAGCAGCAGUACCAGUGCCAGCAGUUUCUCCUUUAAGGCCAGUUCCAGCCUCAUCAGUUCAACAUCACCUGGGAGCAGCCCUGCUGCUGGGAGCUCUUCUGCUGCUGCAAACGCUCCUGCAUUUGGGACAGCAUCCUCUCCUAGUGCGCCCCAACCCGUUGGCUUUGGCAGCCCGGCCGCUCCAUCCGCAGCCUCCUUCUCCUUUAAAGCAGCUGCCACGGCUGGUGGCUUUGGGACUUCUGGCUUCUCAGGCUUUGGCAGUGCUUCUGCUGUGAACUCUGCAAGCACCACUCCAGCAGCCUUUGGAGCCUUUGGUGCCACUUGUGGCUCGCCUGCGAGCGGUGCUUUGUUUGGACAGAGCGCCAGUGCCUCUGGCCAUCCUGUCACCUCAGUGUCUGCUGCAGCCACCAACCCCAGCCCUGCCUCAGAGAAGUUAUUCACACCCAAGAGUGAACUGUCAGCUGAAGAGUGGCAGCAGUUUGAAGCAAAGGAGUUCACAAUCGGAAAGAUUCCUAUUAAGCCACCACCAUUAGAACUCUUAAAUGCUUUCGAUCUUGUAAGUUUAUUCAGAAGUAACAUGUUCUGAAAUGAAAUGAAAUGCUACUUUUAACUUUUUUUUAAUCUCUCAAGUCUCCUGCAGGAAUAAAAUUACCAGUAUAAACAUGUGGACAUUGUAUUUUAUAAUUUCUAAGUUAUUUUGGGACAGACUUUUUACAUCUGAGAAAUGAACUGUUGAAAAUAAAAUGGAACAUUUGCUUUUC